GACAGAUUUAUGAAGAUUUGAUAUGAGAUCAUUUGACAAUUGUAUUUGAGAAAAGUUAAACAUAAAUUUUAAAGGCACAUGACGUUGCAUAGAGUACAGUAGUGUUUAGGAUAGGUUAGAACUUGUUAAACACAACUCUUGUGUGCGGUCUUAUUUUCUUCUCUGCAAUACAAAUCGUAUUAAAGUAGAGCAUGUCGGAUAGUUCUGACGAUGAAUUAAAUUGUGGUGACGAUCAUGAGAAAACGUCGUGGACUUUGUAUAAAGACCGCGAUGAGUGGAGUGACGUGACUCCUUUACCUCAGGAUGACGGUCCUCAUCCUGUUGUAGCAAUUGCAUAUUCUGAAAAGUUUAAGGAUGCCUAUGAUUAUUUCCGUGCCAUUCUAAAGUCAGGUGAAAAGUCAGAGCGUGCAUUGGCUUUAACAGAAGCCUGUAUAUGGCUUAACCCAGCUAAUUAUACUGUAUGGCAAUAUAGAAGAGAGAUACUUAAAGCUCUGGCAAAGAACUUACAGGAAGAGUUAAAAUAUACAGUUCGAAUGAUAAAAUAUAAUUCUAAAAAUUAUCAAGUUUGGCAUCACAGAAAAGUCAUUGUUGAAUGGCUACAAGAUCCUAGUGAAGAAUUAGCAUUUAUAGAAAGUGUUUUAUGUAAAGAUGCAAAGAAUUAUCAUGCCUGGCAACAUCGUCAAUGGUGCAUACAAACUUUCAAUUUAUAUGAGUAUGAAUUGGAAUAUGUGGAGCAAUUGUUAAAUGAUGAUGUUCGCAACAAUUCUGCUUGGAAUCAACGGUACUUUGUCAUAAGUAAUACGACUAAGUUUGAGCAAGAAGUGAUAGAUAGAGAAAUCGAUUUUUCAUUGGAAAAAAUAGAACUAUCAAAAGGAAAUGAGAGUGCUUGGAAUUACUUAAGAGGAAUAUUGUUACAUGACAGCAAAGGCUUAGGUUACAAUGAAAAAGUAAGGCAAAAAUGCGAAGAAAUGUAUAAAGAAGGAUGCCGUACUAACCAUUUGUUGGCCUGCAUAAUUGAUAUUUGUCAAGAAAUAUCAUCUGAUGAAACCCCAUCUUCUUUAUUUCAUAUUAAUUCUGCAUAUGAACUAUGUAAGGAUUUGUCAAAAAAAUAUGAUACAAUAAGAUGGCGAUACUGGAAUUAUGUGGGUAAUCAGUUGAAAACGAUAAAAUUGAAAACAGAAGCUUGAAAUUAAAAACUAGAGCACUCCUACACUGUGAAUUGUUCAAAGAAUUUUAGGUAAUGUUUUUAUAUGUCAAUCUAUAUAUGGUUGAUACAUCUUGGCCUCUUGUCUACACAAAUUAUUACAUAAUAAUAAUAAUAAAAUUUCUCAGAGCAAUUUCUAUAAUUGAUUUAUAUAAAUUAAAUGUAUCUUUUAUGCUCUAUGAAAUAGAAUCAGAAUUUAUUAGUUAACUUAUCAGAACUUAUAUUAAGCAAAAUUUAUAUCACUAAGCUAUAAGAUGUAUUAUACCAAUGUUAACGUAAAUAAAAUGACCUAUAUUACCUUU